AUGUCUACAGACACUCGAAGCCACCGCGAUCGGGCAGCUCCCUCAAAGAGGAAGACCCGGGAUGGAUCAGAAGAUGUUCCCCCCGCCCGCAAAAAGCUGCACCGCAAGGCAGACAAAGCAGAUGACCAAGUCCAAUUCGAGAACUACAGCAGCAAAGUCGAUGCAGCGAAGCCCAAAGUGACCCGGAAAUACAAGGACAAAUUUGCUCCCAAACCCGAAAAGGAAUACCCAUCGAUCAAUGAUCUGAAAAAGCGAAUUCGCGAUGUGAAGCGACUACUCAACAAAAUGGACUUGUCUGCCGAUGCUCGCAUCUUGCAGGAACGUGCUCUCGCUGGAUAUGAGCAAGAUCUUGCGGAUGAAACUACACGCAGAGAACGGUCAUCCUUGAUCAAGAAAUAUCACUUUGUCCGAUUCCUUGACCGCAAAACUGCUACCAAGGAACUCAACCGACUUACUCGCCGCGAGAAGGAAGAAGAUCUGGAUUCGAAACAAAAGGCUCGUCUUGCGGCAAAAAUCCACACAUGCCGUGUGAACCUCAACUACACGAUCUACUAUCCUCUCACCGAGAAAUACAUUUCACUCUACCCCAAUGGAAAACCCGAUGCAACGGAUCCAGAGUCUGAAUUGCAAAAGCAGGAAGCCACAUCCAACGACGCCAAGCCCCCGUUGUGGUCUGUCGUUGAGAAGUGUAUGGAAGAAAAGACACUGGGCCUUCUUCGUGAAGGAAAGUUGCACAUCAACGCCAAUGGAGAGAAGAUCCAAUCUUCCUCAUCUGGUACAACUACAGCUACAGAUACCAACAAGGAGAAGAGCAAGAAAGAGCAACAAAAAGAUACCAAGGCUGCUAUCCACAAGGAUAAGCAUGUUUCCAAAGAUGACAAGAAUAGCAGCAAGAAGGAUAAGUCUGCACGCAGCGAGCGGGCCCCCAAGAAACACGAGGCACCACAACAAGUCAAUGCAGAGGACCAAGAUGAUAGCGAUGGUGGUUUCUUUGAGUAA